AUGUCGGACGCCUGGGUCCCAAGCCUAGCGCCCACCUUGCUUCUUAGCCUGCUGGCUGGCCCCCACCGCGCGAUCGCCUGGGAGGAGGCACCCAAAUGUAAUAUCUUCUUCACCUGCACCCAAGGACACAAAUGCUGUGGUUACAACUGCUGCCAGGAGAUGACAAUCUUCUCCGGCCCCUUGAGGAUCUUCAUCAUCAUCUUCCUCAUCAUGCUGCCCCUCGUGUGCAUCUGCGGCCUGGCUAAGCGCUUCUGUAGCAAAUGCAGGGAGCUGGAGAGGGAGCCUGCAGAGGAUCACCAAGGGCUCCCAGGCCCACCCUCCAUUUCCCCGCAAGAGAGGGCCAUGGCACCUACCUCUGAGCCCCCGCCACCCUACAGCGAGGUUAUUCUGAAGCCCGCCCUGGUCCUGCCUCCCACAGAGCCGCCCCCUCCCUACAGCUUCAGCCCUGAAGAGUAUGCUGGGGUGCGGAGGGGCAUUGACAACCCAGCCUUCUGA